CGAGUGCUGCGGGCUUUUGUUCUAGCCUAGCCCAUAUGCUAUCAACCGAUUUAAACAUAACUAUUCAUUUUGUUAUACAUGUUCUUGGCUGGAACAAGCCAUCACUGUGGGUUCCCUAAAACAGCAUUGACUGCACUAUAUAAAUGCAAUCGCCAAGAACAUAAUUAUAUGCAAUUGACAGAGUGGACAAAUCCAUGGAUAUAUUUGGAGCAAACAUGUCGUGGAUCAAAGUGCCGCAGAAAAAUCAAAUAAAGACCUUUCAUCACGUGAAUAAUCAUAGCGUCACGUGACAGUGUAUUUAGUCAUGGCGGACGACUGCAGACGACAGGGGUUUGAGCUGGAGAGAAGGAUUUUUGAGUUGGACAAUAAGUGCGCCAGUCUCAGAACUGAGAAACAAGAUGAUGACUAUUUACAGAAUGCUUCUGCGAUACUAGACAAGUUGAAAAGCUUUUACAGACAAGGGGGAGAGAGUAGCAGUCUGCCUAAACUGCUUCAGGAUUACACUCAGGUGAUCCUGGACAUCACGUUCUAUGAGGAGAACAAGCUGGUGGACCAGGAGUUCCCAGAGGACUGCUCGCCAUUUAAGAUCCAACAGCUGCUGCAGGACCUCACAGAGCCAGAGGUGUUGGCAGGGAGGCUGGCACCGGCCCAAGAGGUGCAGUCAGUCUUGGGGCUAGAGGUGUUGGAAUGCCUCUACUGGAGACGUGGAGCACUGCUCUACAUGUACUGCCACACCCUCCACCAACGCAAGCAGUGGAUCAAGAAGAACAAGGCCACUUUCCUCAAGUGUCUUCAGGAGGGUGUACGCUACCUGAUGAGGAUGCUGCAGGUGAGGAACUCUGUGAAGCUCAACGACGGGGUGGUGUUUCAUGACUCUGCUACCGCCAACUUCCUGGCUGAAGGCAUUUUUUCAGACACCCACCUGUUGACGAUGAUGUACAUCGGGGAGAUGUGUUUCUGGGCAGUGAAGUACGAGGACUGCAGCGUUGAUUCCACAGAACGCAAAGAGGACCGGCUCCACUUCCGGGACAUUGGGACACAGAUCCUGCACAAAUACGUGCUGGCCUGUGAGGGUCCUCUUCAGGGCCAGGGCUGGAACACUGAGAAUGCCAAGGAGAUCCUUAGUAUCUUACAGUGAACGGCUCUGUGUACAAGUUGCCCAUAGGGACUGAUAUUGGAUCAGAUGCUCAAACUCCAAAUUGUAAUGCUACGCAUUAAGAGAGGGGGAGGGGGAAAUCUGACCUUAGAUCAGUUUCUAUGAGGAACUUUUUCCCGUUCUGAAAGGCUCCGGCUGAAAUAGGUGGGCAAGGUUGGGGAAGAAUGAAGGGGCAAGGGUAUGGAGGGAUGUUAACAAAAUUUUAUUCUCCGUGUCUCCUGAAAGAAGCACUUAUCUUCCAGAUUCUGGACUGUUGGACAGGCAUGUGUUAUGCUCUGAGAAUGUGGUAGAAUAAUAAUAUUAAAAGAUUAAGAAAAUAACACAUUGUUACAAAAAAUAAAACAAAGAUUGUUUGAAGAUUAAUGAUAAUCCACCUGGUAAUGAGACAUCGCACAGCAACUGUUUUUAUUUAUUUGUUUUUAUUUUUUUAAAUUAAUUGCAUUUAUAUAAAUAUAUAUUAAAAAAGUUAAGGUGGGGAAUACACAGAGUUGGAGACUGAUGGAUUCAUGAACAUUUUCGAGUAUGUACAGUUUUGUUUAAGAUAUCAGCUUUGUAAUAUGCUACUUCUUUUUUUUCUCACUUAUAAAACACACUUUUUUUGCCCACACUUUGACAAGGAGUAAUGUCCCAGUGAUGGAAACUUUGAUAUUUUGAUAGUAUGCAUUUAAAUGGAGAAUCUCUGUGGUGUUCGUUUUGAAGGAAAAUGUUUUUCAUUUAAUUUUAUGUCGUCAUUGAAAAUAAAUACUGUAUGUUGGUUUCAAAAUGAGUUGUGAAACGUAUUGCGCUGUAUAACUACAAUAACCACAAUGCACCUCUUUCACGCCAACAACAAGGAAGUGGGCGAACUACCAACUACAAGAAACGUCAGCUUCGUUGUCAACUUCACUUUUCGCAGUAGUUAGCACCCUAUUUGAGCUUUUAUAAAUGUUUAGCACAUAGAAGACAGCGCAGACGCAUUAUCAUUCUUACCAAAUCAAAAGCAAGAUGUCAGGGAAAAGUCAGAGCGACGAAUCUGUAGUUAUACGAAGUCUCAGACAUUUCCGUGAGAAGUACUUCAAUGCAAGGAAAAACGUCAGUGAUCAGGCGCAUGCAGCAGAAGUCACCAGUGAAGAUGCACCGCCGGGAUUUUUGGACUGUUUACCCGUGGACCUACAGUUCCUGAUCAUGACCCUGCUGUCUCCUGUGGACCUCUGUCGUCUGGGGGCCACUAGUAGCUACUGGAGGGCUAUGGUCAGAGACCCUUUACUAUGGAGAUACUUUCUGGUCAGGGACAUGCCUAAAUGGCCCUCCAUCAACCAUGUGACCAUGCCCCGGUUAGAGGCCUUACACACCCCUCUGUGUGUGGGGGAGAAGGAGAUGGAGGAGCCAGGUCAUGACUUCAUGACAGAGUAGGUACUGGUCUGAAACUCUGGUAUUGGAAUCCAUGAGGAAGACAAGGAUUUACUGUGAUAUUUGGUCAUCUUACAUAAGUUGAAUGCACUGACUGAUGCUCUGGACAAGAGUGUCUGCUAAAUGACAAAAAUGUAAGUAAUGAAGCCUUGUCGAAUGCAUAUAUAGUUUAGUACCCAGGCUAUGGAAAGAUUGUGAAGGCAUUUGGUUGGUAGAUUGAUUUUCCAGGAGGCCAUAUAAGUCAGACUUGUCAAGACAUUUUGCUUGAGUCAUUGGUCGUCCAAAUGUAUUAGUCACUCACUUCAGCAAUGGAACUGUCCCUCCCUGCCUACCUAAGUAAUAAUUGCCUGUCUCUUCUUAGUUAUCUAAAGGGCUACCCAGCCUGCAGACAGCAAUGGUUUCCCCAGAGGCCGCCAUACAGCGUUGUGACUUCCUUCCUCCAGUCGCUGGUGCCCACCGCCACUGAGCCGCGCUACGCCAUGUUUGGCCCCGGCAUGGAACAGCUGGAUGUCUCCAUGGUGACCAAGCUCAUGCACACCCCAGAUGUGCUCCUUGUAGCAGGGAUACCCCAGAGACAGAUCAAUGGUGGGUUACCCACUGUCCUCUCUGAUCCAUCCUUUUACAGGGUGAACCUCCUCGAGACUUUCUGUUGCAGGCGAAAGCAAAAUCAGAGUUACAAUAAACAUGUUUAUUGUAAUCCACAGUUACAAUAAACAUCCACCAUAUUGGUGUUACCUGAAUUGUAUUUGCUUACAAUAAUCUCAAAAGUUGAAUGCUGAAUAGGUAAGUUAGGUACAGUACAUGGCGAACCGUAGUAAAACCAUCCGGCACUAGUACUGACCAACCAGAAGCAGUUGCCAAGUUCUGUGCUGUGGUGGGCGGCCGACCUAAAGCCUUUGUUUCUUUGGGGGGCUCACCAACUAAACAAAACCAAUGUUGUUUUUUCCAGGUAUUGGAUCUGGGAUUAGUUACGUGUACAAAAACCAGCACAAAUUCAACAUUCUGACUCUCUACUCAACCAACAGGGCAGAGAGGGAGAGAGCCCGCAUGGAACAGCAGAGUGUCAGCAACAAACUCUUCAUCCAGGAGGGAAGGGACCAAUCAGGACACCCACAUUUUAGCCCCACCCCUCAGGUCCAGGAAGUGUGUCAGGCGGUGGAUGGGUUCAUCUAUGUGGCCAACGCAGAGCCAGGAAGAGGUGAUGAUGGGGAGGUGGAGUGGGCUCAGAUCCAGGCAUUGGUGGACCCUGCCUUAGGCUCAUCCUCCAGACCCCUCCUGGUCCUGUCCUGUGUGUCCAGAGAGGAACCAGACCAGAUCAGAACCACCAGCUCCAAUAGUACCAGAACCCCCUGUGUGGAUAUGGCUCAGAGACUCUGCCUGCCCAUGCUGCCCAACCCCUGGAUGGUUCAGGACACAGUAGCAGAGUCUCUGUCUGGUGUCUUAGAUGGGAUCUCCUGGCUGCUGGGGUGUUCUGGUCUCAGGCUGUAACUACCUGUCCAAGGAAAAACCUUCAGGACCGAAACAACACACUAAAGAACCGGCACAAAUGCUUCUGAAGGAAUGUUUUCCCUCUGAUGUGCCUUGUUUCAAUGAAUCACAUAAAAAAAAGUUAUUAUUGGGUAAAUACAGUGUAUUGUUUUUUGCCAAUAGUGGGUUGUACACAAAUAAAACAUACGUUUUAACUGUAGCUAUGGUACUGUAAUUUAUAUUACAAAGAUUAAUGAAUGGUUUUGAUAUUACUACUACUGUGUACUUUAGAAUCAUAUUGAAUUAUAUUUUUUGGUACCUUUUAUUUAGGGAAAUCAUGCAGUUAUUCAUCUGUUUCUUUCAUAUAAUUGAUGGAAUUUUAUACUACGAAAUGUGCAUUGUUUUAUUUUCUUUAAUUAUUCAUAUGGUUAUUUACCCCUCUAUAAGUUGUUAUAAAGGAACUGAAAAUACAUGCAUGUUUAUGUACCUCAGUGAAGUGUUGUUUCUUUCAGGACUGUGAGUUUGGAGUACAUGUGGAAUAGUCCACUGUUUACCAAAUGGUGUGCUGUGGCCGAUUUUGUUUUCGGUUGUUGUUAAAGACCACGUUUUGUUUAUUCAUUGUGUCAAAGUAGAAUUCCAAAAGCUUUUGGUGGGUCACAGCACAGAAACAGUGGUGAGCUGA